GACAGAUGAGUAAGUGCUGUGAGUGUGUGUGGAGUGUUUCCAGCAUUAUCUGCUUCUCAAGGAUCCCGUUAAGAUGGUCCCGUAGCCCUUCAUGCUCCAUAUCUGGAUAUUUGUACUUUAAUGUGGGAUGAGCAAGACAUCGACACCAUGAGGUGCCAGAGGGUGAAGUUGGUGUAGUGUGAGCGGGUCCCCGUCGCGGGUCACAGUUUUAGUGGUGGUGAUGGCGGCACAUGGACUUGCGGCUCGACUCUUGCCACUGCUGCUGCUGGCCAUGUUGGCAGUAGCUCAUGCCUCCAUCUUCCUGUCCAAUCAGAGACUCAAACCUCGAUUCCAACGAGACCGUCGAAACAUCCGGCCCAACAUCAUCCUUAUCCUCACUGAUGAUCAAGACAUUGAGUUGGGCUCCAUGCAGGUCAUGAAUAAGACCCGGCGGAUCAUGGAACAGGGUGGAACGCACUUUUCCAAUGCGUUCGUCACCACACCCAUGUGCUGUCCGUCACGCUCCUCCAUGCUGACGGGGAAAUAUGCCCACAACCACAACACCUACACCAACAACGAGAACUGCUCUUCGCCCUCUUGGCAGGCCCAGCAUGAGCCGCGCACUUUUGGAGUUUAUCUCAACAACACCGGCUACAGGACAGCAUUCUUUGGGAAGUAUCUGAAUGAGUAUAACGGUACUUACAUUCCCCCGGGCUGGAGAGAGUGGGUCGCAAUGGUGAAGAAUUCCCGCUUCUACAACUACACCCUGUGCAGGAACGGCGUCCGAGAGAAACAUGGAUUUGAAUACCCAAAGGACUAUCUGACAGAUCUCAUAACCAACGACAGCAUCAAUUACUUCCGCAUGUCAAAGAAGAUUUACCCACACAGACCCGUCCUGAUGGUGAUCAGUCAUGCUGCCCCUCACGGCCCAGAGGAUGCGGCCCCACAGUACACGACUGCCUUCCCCAAUGCAUCCCAGCACAUAACGCCCAGUUAUAACUACGCCCCUAAUCCGGACAAACACUGGAUUAUGCGCUACACCGGCCCCAUGAAGCCCAUUCACAUGGAGUUCACUAACAUGCUGCAGCGCAAGAGGCUGCAGACGCUGCUGUCCGUGGAUGACAGUGUGGAGAAGGUAUAUAACAUGUUGGUGGACACUGGGGAGCUGGACAACACAUAUGUGAUCUACACUGCCGACCAUGGAUACCACAUCGGUCAGUUCGGCCUAGUCAAGGGCAAAUCCAUGCCUUACGAGUUCGACAUCAGAGUUCCCUUCUACAUUCGUGGCCCUAAUGUGGAGGCAGGAGGCAUCAACCCCCACAUAGUUUUGAACAUAGACUUGGCCCCCACCAUCCUGGACAUCGCUGGCAUGGAUGUUCCUCCAGAUAUGGACGGCAAAUCCAUCCUCAAGCUUCUGGACACAGACCGCAUGAUGAACAGGUUCCAGCUCAACAAGAAAGGCAAAGUGUGGAGGGACUCGUUCCUGGUGGAGAGAGGGAAACUGCUGCACAAAGUGUUGAAUGAUGGGAAAGAUAUGGCUGAGGAGGAGAACUACCUCCCCAAAUACCAGCGUGUUAAAGACCUGUGCCAGCGCGCCGAGUACCAGACGCCAUGUGAACAGAUUGGGCAGAAGUGGCAGUGUGUUGAAGAUGCCACAGGGAAGCUGAGGUUGUCUAAAUGUAAAGGCAUGUCCAGUCUGAGCGCAGUGCAGAAGCCGUCCGUCUCCAGCAUCAAAUCCCAGCUUUACCUGCAGAGCAUCAGCACUCCUGAUGUCAGUCUUAAUUCAGAGCCGCAAGAAUGCAACUGCCAGCCCAAGAGUUACAGACUGAGCACUUACUCCAAGAGCAAACUCUUCUCCAAAAAGAAGAUGAAGUCUCUAAAGAGCUUCUCCAGGAACCGUUUCGCUCGAGCCCUGUCCAUGGAGACUGGAGGAGAUCUAUAUGCGGUGGAUCUGGACAAUGAGCACAGGAACCUCAGUCUGAGGCACAGCACUGCGGAUGAGGAUGAGGAGUUCAGUGGGGCAGAGCCCACCACCAUCAGCCAAAGCAACAGUCUGAGUGUGCCCUCCUCCAUCAAAGUCACUCACAGAUGCUCCAUUCUGGCCAAUGAAACAGUCAAGUGUGACGUGGGUCUCUACAAAUCACUGCAGGCCUGGAAAGACCACAAGCUGCACAUCGACCAUGAAAUCGAGACCCUCCAAACCAAGAUUAAAAACCUGCGUGAAGUCAGGGGUCACCUGAAAAAGGCGCGACCUGAAGAAUGUGACUGCAACAAAUACUAUUACAAAUCCAAGUACAAGAGUAAGCUGAGGAAAUACAAAACAGGAAAUGUCCAUCCUUUCAGAAAAGGACAGGAGAAGGAUAAGAAGGCAUGGAUGAUGCUGGAGCAGAAGCGCAGGAAGAAGCUGAGGAAGCUGUUGAAGCGUCUGCGUAACAAUGACACCUGCAGCAUGCCCGGCCUCACCUGCUUCACACAUGACAACCAGCACUGGCAGACUGCUCCAUUCUGGACACUGGGGCCAUUUUGUGCAUGCACUAGUGCCAAUAACAACACCUACUGGUGCAUGAGGACCAUUAAUGAGACGCACAACUUUCUCUUCUGCGAGUUUGCCACUGGCUUUCUGGAGUACUUUGACAUCAACACAGAUCCAUAUCAGUUGGUGAACGCGGUAAACACACUGGACCGGUACGUCCUCAAUCAGCUGCACGUUCAGCUCAUGGAGCUCAGAGGCUGUAAGGGACACAAGCAGUGUAACCCUCGCACCCGCAGCCUCGACAUGGGGGGUAAAGAGAGAAGCAGCUAUGAUGAAUACAGGCAGUUUCAGCGCCGGAAAUGGCCUAAAGUGAGGAAGCCUGUCUCCAAAUCGCUAGGACAGAUUUGGGAAGGAUGGGAAGGCUAAUGUUUGGAAUGAUGAGGACGUCCCGGAAGACACCAACCUGUUUCCCGGCGAGUCGAACUGGUCUGAACUUGAACCUUUGUACAGACUUGAUGAACACGCCUACGAUCUCAAACUCAACUUCACCCUCAGCCUCGAGGACUGGGCUCAUUUCAGCCACUCCGUGGACCAAAUGUUCACCCUCCUCAGCAACGACAACCAGCCGUACACUCCACCGCACUCUGAAGACAGACUAACAGGACGAGGCCACGCCCUUGUGUCCUCAAGCCAAUCAGCUUCAGCUAUCUACCUGACAACUCUGGCCACGCCUGCUCUUUUGCUGAGAGAAGCAGGUGCUGAGGUUUUGAGAGACGCUUUGGGGCUCAACCAACAGGAACAACAUCCAUCAAAUUCCGUACAACCUAUUGCGUCACAAGUGGACAAAUCAAGCCUGGAUGCUCCUCUUGGAGACCUAAAAGAGGACAGAGAGAAAGAAAGGAGGGACGAAGAAGAAGAGGAGGAGUUAAGGACAGGAAGGUUAAGCUCCACUCACUGUGACUGCAAUGAGAUUUUGCAGGAAACGGGUUGACUUUUGUGUUUUAUUUCUCUUGCUCAUAUCGUUCCUCCUCAGAAAGACUUUUUCGAUGGAUGUUAAAUACCAGCGUACAGUGCUUCAGGUUGAUUGUCGUCUCCUGUAUUUGUUCCUAGCCUCAGAAAUUUCCUGCAACACUCGGUCUGUUUUCCCAUUCUGUCCAUGAGAUCGACUAGGCUUUGAAUGGAGCACAUCUUCUACCUUUUAACUUAGAGUCUUCUCUCUGUUUUUAUUCUUUGAUCUUUUUGUUUUUUUAAAGGGAUUUGGGGACUUAAAUUCAUAGCAGUAAAACUUCACAAAGAAGUGAGUCGUUGUGUCUGUUCAUACUUGAUCCAGUUUGAAACCGGUUUGGCAGCAGAAUCUUUGCUUUUCUUUUGCUGGUUUUCUACAGGAAGCGUCUCGCUUCUCUCUUACACAGCCUUACAACUUCACAAACACCACCUCAAAUACUGUAGGUCAAUGACGAGUGUGUGUGUGAGUGUGAGUGUGAACUUGGUGUUGUCAAAUAUGAACAUGAGUGUGUUAAAAUUGAGCUUUUUGAUUUGAUUGGUUGCGCCCAUUGUGUUACAGUUUGUUUACACUUAAAUAUUGGACCAUUUUUUGGUCCGUUUGUAUAGAAUAAUCUAAAUUUCUUAAACAGUUUAUAAGUUGAACCAACUAAUCACUCAAAAAUGGUUUGUUUGAUGUAUUUGUCAUUAAUUGUGUUUGACUAAAAUGUGUUUCCCCUCGAGCACACCGGGAAAGAAAUGUUGAUGUAUCGAACAUGACUCAUCAUAUUUGUAACCUUAACUUGAUCUUAUAAAAUGUUUUCGCUUUUCACGACGCUACUAAUACCAGAGCAAAUAUAUGAAAUGGAUGUAUGUAUUUUAAUGUGUGUUUUGCAAAUGUAAAUGGUUAAAGGAUAUUUUUAUUACACGUUUGAUGCUAAACCGACCGCCAGCCAUAAAGAUUUCACUCCAGCUUCGAGUUUUAUUAUUUAUGCAGCAUAUUUUUUUAACAGUUCUUUAAUACACAUGUCCAGAUUUAUUUUAUGGUGACGUAUCUGAGAUUGUUUAAAUUAUUAAUCUGCCUUCCCCUUUUGUUUCAUCCAUUGCUGUUUUGAGAUUAUAAUGAUCAUAAUCUGAUCCUCGAUCUUACACUUCAUCAGUUCACUGUAAAAAAAAAAUAAUAAAAAAAAGCAGGGUUUCACGGAAUUCAUUCAUAUUGUCCCAACACAAAUCGAUUAAAUAACAAUUAAGUGGAUUAAGCAUAAAACAGUUAGGUUGUCCCAACCAAAAUCCUCAAGAAUUGUUUCAGCUUAUUUUAAAUAUGUAAUUUGACUGUGUGUUUACAUAUUUCAUCAUAUCCACCCCUCACCUCUGUGAGUGGCUGUACUAAAAGCAGUUUUGUCUAAGAUUGUGGUUGUUUUGAAAACCAUCAGAAUUGCUUAAAAGUGUAAAAAAUGGAGGAUGUGAGAUGUUUAGGAGACUCUUAUGGAAGGAUACAUUUUCCUCUGGCACUUUCAAAAGGAAGGCUUUUUUCUUAAAAUAGGAUUUAAAAGAAAUGAGAGAUGGUUUAAACAUAAAGUCUUGUACAGUUCUAUAGAUUUAUCAUACCUAUAUUUUUGUUUCGGUUUACCAGUGACCAUUUGAUAGUGCUCAUUACUUUGUGAAUAAAGUGUUGAAUGCCCA